UCGUCGGUAGACUUGGACCCACUGUUUCUUCUUUUUCUUUUUUGUUUAUUCUUCUUCUUCAACUUUAACACCAUUUUUAACAUGAACCCAUUUCACCAUUGAGCUUGAAAACCAGUUCUUCCAUGGCUUCAUUGAGUGAAAAGUUCCCAAUACCCACUCUAUAUCUUCAAACUCCACCUUCAAAAAAUCAAACCUUCGAUGUAAUUUCACCACAUGUCAAAGAACUCUGGGAAAGAUGGAACAUCAGAGCCUUAAUCCUCUUCAGUCUCUCUUUACAAACCUUCUUAAUCAUCUGUGCUCCUCUCAGGAAACGAACCUCAAGAAAAUUCCCCAUGUUCCUCAUCUGGUCCGCCUAUCUCCUCGCCGAUUGGACCGCCAGUUUCGUCGUCGGCUUAAUUUCCAAUAGCCAGAGCAAAUCCGACGCCAAUGUCGACCUUCUCGCCUUCUGGUCUCCUUUUCUUCUCCUCCAUCUCGGCGGCCCCGACACCAUUACCGCUUUCGCUCUCGAAGACAACGCUCUCUGGCUUCGCCAUUUGAUCGGAUUGAUUUUUCAGGUAAUUGCUACUGUUUAUGUCUUCAUUCAAACCAUGCCCCAGAACAAGCUCUGGGUUCCUGCCAUUUUGAUGUUUCUUGCAGGAAUUAUCAAGUAUGCCGAGCGAACUAGGGCUUUGUAUUUGGCUAGUUUGGGGAGUUUCAGAGCUUCUAUGCUUAAAGAUCCUGACCCAGGUCCUGAUUAUGCUAAAUUAAUGGAGGAAUUUACUUGUAAGAAAGAUGCUCAUUUGCCUACUAAUAUUCAACUUGUGAAUGAGCCUAAUAAAGAAUGGAACGCUUUCACUAGCACUGCAAAAGAGGGUCAUCUGAGCCAGCUUGAGGUUGUUCAAUAUGCCUUUCUUUACUUCAACAAAUUCAAGGGUUUGAUUGUCGAUUUGAUUUUUAGCUUUACGGAGAGAAAUGAAAGCAGGGAUUUCUUUUUGAAGAGAGAGCCCCUUGAUGCCCUCAAGGUGAUUGAAGUUGAGCUUAACUUCAUAUAUGAAGUUCUCUUCACCAAAGUAGUGGUUCUUCAUAACAUAUUUGGGAUGAUUUUUAGAUCCAUUUCUUUGUGUUCUGUGACUGUGGCUUUGGUACUGUUUAGCAGAUUGGAUAAAAAUGAUUUUAGGAAAAUUGAUGUAAGGAUUACUUAUGCUUUGCUUAUUGGGGCCUUGGCUUUAGAUUUUAUAUCCAUUUCCAUGUCUGUCUUCUCUGAUUGGACUAUAGCUACCCUUAUAAAGGAUGAUUCAAUUUUUGCCACUUUUUUUGAAAACUUUCUCCGGUUCAAAGCACAAAGAGGAGAGUCUGUGCAUAAGAAGUCCCCAUUUUCAGGCUCUACGAAGCUCGCCACUCCAUGGAUGUUUUGCCGGUGGCGAGAAUCUGUGUCUCAGUUCAAUUUGAUAGCAUAUUGUCUUAGUGAACGCAUCCCAAUGGAUGAUUCAAGAAACAGAUCAGUCUUUUGUGGCUGCUCUCUUGUUUGGAUCAAUAAAAUGUUUCGGCUUUUUCGUCGUAUAAACAAUUUCAUCAUCAAUUAUAUAGGCGCCAAAGAGUUGCUUGAUGAUUGGAAAUAUGUCUCCAGGCAACCAGUUUUGGAGAAGCUUUGGGAUUUAAUCUUUUACGAGAUGCUUGAAAAGUCCAAAGCAGCAGAAAGUGUAGAAGUUACUGAAGAAAUAUGUUCAUCUAGAGGCUCCUAUGUACUAAAAUUAAUGGACCUUCCAUCGGAAAUUGACAUCGGCGAGUUAAUAUCCGACAUAGAUGAAGUAGUUUUUGAUGAGAGCCUUAUGAUGUGGCACAUAGCAACAGAACUUUGCUAUAGAGACGAACAAAACACAAAUGACAACGCCAACGCCAACACUACUUGUCGCGAAUUCAGCAAGCUCUUAUCAGAUUACAUGCUCUACCUCAUAGUGAUGCUCCCCUCGAUGAUGUCGGCUGUGGCAGGAAUCGGGGGAAUAAGGUUCAGGGACACUUGUGCCGAGGCUAAAAGGUUCUUCGACCGAAGAGGAUACGAAUGUAGCUCAAAUGAAGGUGUAACCACGAAGGCUUGUCGCGAAAUGCUUGCCGUGAAUGUAAAUGAUGCAAAACCUGUGGAAGUGAAGGGAGAUAAAAGCAAAUCUGUACUGUUUAACGGUUCAUUACUUGCUAAGAAGCUACAAAAGUAUGGAGAUAAGCAAUGGGAGAUAAUGAGCAAAGUUUGGGUUGAAAUGUUGGGAUAUGCAGCCAGCCAUUGCAGACCAGAACAACAUGCUCAACAAGUUACUAACGGAGGAGAGCUCAUUACUUUAGUUUGGUUAUUGAUGGCACAUUUUGGGCUUGGAGAACAGUUUCAAAUCAGUGAAGGCCAUGCCAGAGCAAAACUCAUAGUACAUAAGUAGCUGAGAUGGAUUUUCUUUUCUUUUCUUUUGAAAAAGAUUGCAAUCUUCUAUAAUGGGGUUGUUCUUUUCCUUUGGAUUUCAAGUGUUAUGAUAUGAAUCUUUCUUUCUUUGAGAUGUGUUGUAAAACCCAGCUAUUGGUGUAUUGUUGUAUUAGUUAGGACUUAGGAGUAUGUAUGAGAAUUUUGUAAUGAAAGGCAAUUGCCAGUGUGGUUUUAAGUUCCACUUAUGAACUGAAAUGCCUCAACUUGUGAGAGUGGUUUUUAAUGA